AUGAAGACCACCUUCUCCACCAUCCUCAUUGCUCUAGCCCUAGCCGGCAGUGGCGUCCUUGCCUCUCCCGCACCUUCCCAGCCAGGUUACGGUCUCGGUCAGCCCCACAACCCCACUGGUCUAUGGGGUCUUAAGUGCGACCCUGUCAAGUACCACACACUCUGCGAUCGUUACCCUCUCAAACCUAGCCACGACCACCGCCCUCGAGCUUGCUUUGACACCGAACUUAUUCUCAAAAACAAACUCUCAGCUCCCAACCCUGAAACUCUGCAGGGCUACAUCGACGGUUCGGAAACCAACAUGGUUCUGUAUGCUGGUCAGAUCGUGACGCUAAAUGAGGAGCUGGAGAUUCAUGUGGAGGAGGCUAAACAUGCCGACCAGAGGGACAUUGGCUGCUCUAGGGUCCUCAUCUACCACUUGCCCAAGUGGAGUAAGCAGUUGGAGGAAACUUGGUGCCCUCACCAAGAUGAUCCCAUUAAGCUUUGA